AUGAAGUUCGGCUCAACACUCGUGGCCGCGAUCGCUGCUGUAGCAGGAACUGCCGCAAAAGAUUAUGGCGGAGUGCCUGGCCAGCCCAUCCAAGAGAGCGGAAAAGGAGGUGUUUUCUCUGGCGGUACCAACCCCGAGCUAGAUCUCCAGAACCCAAGCAAUAUUAACGGCCAGCCCGCCACCGACAAUGGUCUUGUUCCAAACCUCAAAUGGAGCUUCUCUCUCUCGAAGACCCGUAUGUUCCAUGGCGGCUGGAUUCGCGAGCAGGUUAUCCAGGACCUGCCUGCGAGUCACGAUAUUGCAGGUGCCCAAGUCCACUUAAUUAAAGGCGGAAUCCGACAGAUGCAUUGGCACCGAGUUGCUGAAUGGGGUUACGUCUAUGCUGGCGCUAUUCUGGUAUCUGCUGUCUCUGAGGAUGGCCAGUAUCAAAUUGACAAACUCACCCCUGGUGAUAUGUACUACUUCCCCAAGGGAGCUGCCCACUCUUUCCAAGGUCUUGAGGAUGAGAACGAGGUGCUCGUCGCCUUCGAUGACGGUGACUUCGACAAGCACGGAACUACUUUCCAGAUUGCCGACUGGAUGUCCCACACCCCUAGGGACGUGGUGGCUAAGAAUUUCAAUACCUCAGUUGGCGCCUUUGAGAAGCUUCGUAAAACUGAACUUGAGAUUAUUAACUCUACCAUAAGUAACCCCAACGUUACUGGCGGCCCUAACGGCCCUCUGAUGGGCAAGAGCUCUUACACCUUCCAUAUCCGCGAUGCUCCGGAAAUUCAGGUCCCUGGUGGUGGUGGUACUAUUCAAAUCGUUGAUUCGAAGAACUUUCCUAUCUCCAAGACUGUUGCCUGUGCUGUUGUUCGCCUAAAGCCUGGUGCCCUACGUGAGCUUCAUUGGCAUCCAACGGCUGAGGAAUGGCUCUACUUCCACAGUGGAAAUGCUCGCGCCACUGUGUAUGUUAGCGGCGGUCUAUCCCGUACGUUCGAUUUUACCGCAGGAGAUACUGGUGUUUUCCCCGAUAACUCCGGCCACUAUAUCGAGAAUACCUCCGAGGAUGAAGACCUCGUCUAUCUUGAACUCUACAAGGCUGACCGUGUUGCUGAUAUCUCCCUCUCCCAAUGGCUCGCACUCACUCCACAUGAUAUUGCUGCCGCUGCUAUCAAUGUUCCAAUUGAGGUCAUUGAACAGAUCAAGAAGGAGAAACAAUUCAUCGUCCAAUAA